ACUAUAUCAUAAUUUUUAGGAUUUACUCGUGAACUGGACCAGCUAGAGAAUACAUUUAGAUGAGCUCAACGCAGCAUGUUUGGUGAUAUAAAGUGAAGAACUAUUCUCUCAGUUCAACAGAUGUUUUCAAAAUGUAACCCCUGAUUAAAGUUGUACUAAGAACGGUAAACACUUGAAUCAGUUUCAGAGAUGUCUUCAAAAUAUAAUGAUCUAAAGACAGAUAUAAAGUGCUGGGAACGAAUGUUCCAGCGCCAGCAUCAGAGGAAGCCAAGUAAACUCGAUAUAAAGAAUGCUCCAGCGGAGAUACAGCAGUGUUACAAGGACUACAUGGUUCUGAAGAAAGAAAUGUCUGUGGAAACGGGGGGAGUAGAUGUCUUUGGAGCUCAUCUCAAUAAGCCCAAGGUUACUGAAGUGAUUGAAAAAGCUGAAAAGCGAGAGAAUCUAGUGGCUGCCACACCUAAUCUGAGGAAAAAGUUUGACAUAAAGAAGUCUAAACAUAAACAAGUUGCUGAAAGUGCUGUGGAAACUUCACUGAUUAACAGUUUUGGGUUAGAUUCAUUUGUUUCAGAAACCACCAGUGCUCCCAUUUUGCCAAUCAAAACAAAUUCUUUCUUCACUAAAAACAGUUCUGAUAUCUUGAAAAAUCUAGAAAAGCAGGCUAGUGAUUUGAGCUUUCACGAAGUUAGGUCAAAAAGAUUAUUACAGUCGCCUGAAAAAGAGAACAUCGAUCAUCAGAAUCAGGAUGUUUCAGAGCAUCAAAAUCCAGACCUCAAAAUUAGACCGCCUGACAAAGUUGCUGGCCCUGCGAGUGAUAAUAACACAAAGAUAAAAGACAAAUCAUUCGAUGUUUUUGAACUGUCGGAAGAUAAUCUUCACAAUCAUCCUACUACAAAGCUUAACAGCGUCUCUUCAUCUGAAAGAAUUGAGAGGCAGGGAUGCCAAUCUGAUCCUCCAGUGGAUUCCAUCUUGUCUAUAAAUGAAGAUCUACUCAACCAAGAACAGGCUCCUAAAAAGAGAAAAGUAGUUGCUGAAGAAGAAAUUUCAACUCCCGAUGAAGGAAACUUUGUACGACUCAAUAUGAAGAACAAUAAAUACAGACGUCCCGGUAAAGCCAUGACUGGUGAAGCGUACAAGAGAAAGCAGUGGAAGUCACGUGGUCUAUUCGGGAAAGGUCCUCCAAAAGAUUGGAAGAACCCCAACAAAAAGCCGCCACCUCCAGCAUGGGCUACCGGAGCAAAGAGCAAACCAGGAAAAUGCUACAAGUGCGGAGAGGAGGGGCACUGGGCCAACAAAUGUACAGGAAAGAAAGCUCCUGUAGUUACUGAACUGACACCGGAAGAAGCAGCGGAGAGAGAAGUACUAGACUUCUCAAGUCUCGAGCCAAUGAUACAAAUGGGGAGUAAAAAUGUGUCUCCUGAUGAAGAGGUGCAGCCUUCAACAACUAUUGCUCCUUGUAAACCACUUCUCGAUGGAUCGGAGACCGAGGAGUAUGUUGAGAAACUACUGAUGGACGGGCUGGACGAUCUUGGUUAUUCCUCUUUUAGACCUGGUCAGAGAGAAGCAACGAUCAGGAUACUUCAAGGAAAGAGCACACUACUUGUACUCUCGACUGGUGGUGGAAAGUCUCUGGUUUAUCAGCUCGCUGCUUAUCUCUACUUCAAGGAACUUAAUGUUAUAACACUAGUUAUUUCACCCCUCAUUUCACUCAUGGAUGAUCAGAUACAAUCGCUGCCAGCUAAAUUACCCGGGAAAUGUAUCCACUCGCACAUGGCGGCCAAACAGAAACAGACACUGAAAGAAGACAUUGCAAACAGAAAAGUUCCUCUGUUACUGCUGAGUCCUGAGUCUCUGAUGAUGGGAAACUUCGGGUCCCUCCCCAAAGAGAUGCCCCCAAUAGGGUUUGUGUGCAUUGACGAGGCUCACUGCAUGUCAUCUUGGAGUGACAACUUCAGGCCCGCCUACCUCCGAGUGUGUGACACGUUGAGGUUGCGGUAUCAGGUCAAGUGCUUCUUGGGACUCACUGCUACCUGCACUAUUGCCAGCGCAAAGAACGUCUGCAAGUUCAUUGGUGUAGAUCCAGAUGAGGGAGUGCUAAAGGGCCCAGUUUUAAGAGAAAAUCUCUACCUCACUGCCUCUGCAGACCAGGACAGAGAUCGGGCGCUGAUCUCCUUGCUUGGGGGAGAGCGGUUUAAGGAUCUGGGCUCGAUAAUAGUGUACUGUACGCGCCGCCAGCAGUGUGAGAGGAUCGCUACACUUCUCCGGACAUCCCUCCCUCCUUGGGCUCCUGAUGAGGACGAACUGUGCAACAAGAAAAACAAGAGCAAACGUAAACGGAAAUCACUGGAGAACACCACUGCAGAGAGCUACCACGCAGGCUUGACUCCUUCCCAGCGGUCUAGAGUACAGUACCACUUCAUGGCGGGGACCCUGCGGUGUGUGUGCGCUACUGUUGCAUUCGGUAUGGGUCUUGACAAGGCCAACGUUAGGUCAGUAAUACACUACAGCAUGCCCAAGAGUUUUGAGAACUAUGUUCAGGAGAUUGGUCGUGCUGGAAGAGAUGGGCGUCCAGCUCACUGCCACAUAUUCGUUGACAGUCUUGGAGGCGAUCUAGCAGAGCUAAGUAAACACGCACACUCCAACACAGUCGAUAGGUACAGUGUACAGCUCCUUCUCAAAAGCAUAUUCAAACCCUGCGCGUGUGCAACCCUCAACAAGAUCAACAAUCAGAAAGAUGAAAAGGACGGUGACAGUGAAAAGGAGACUCAGAAGUUUGACGUUUCUGCUGAGAGUGUACUUCCCACGACGGAAGGAAACGAAAUUCCCAAAACGGACGAAGAUGACGCUUUGUUCGAUGAAGAUGAUGACAUUGAUUGGAAAGCUGUUGACAACUGCGUUAAGGAGAUUAACAAAUGUCCUGGUCACUCCGUCACGUUCCCUAUCGCUCGACUAGUAACAGACGUGGACGUACCAGAGGAAAAUAUAGCGACAAUGUUAACAUAUCUAGAGUUAUCAACUACUCGCUCUUGGAUCAAAUUGAAGCAACCUGUUAACGCUACCUGCUUCAUACAGUGUUAUGGUGGUGCUGCUCAUCUCACAGCACUUGCUAAGCAUGCAACAACUGUUUUGGCUGCAAUGAAUUUCUACCAAGAUAAGGACAAGCCUUCGAACGAGAUAGAAUUCCCUUACAUAGAACUUGCAGCCAAGAUGGGAUGGGAUCCGUUUAUUGCGAGGAGAGAACUGCGAGAUCUUGAUAAACGGGCUAUCCCUGGAUUUAAAUUGGGAGUUUUAGUCGAGUUUAAAGACUUGAGUUUCCACGUUCAUGCUCCUGGUGACCUCUCUGAUGAGGAAAUGGAUGAAGUAACGGAUUACUUAUACAAACGAGUGAUGGCUCAGAAAAAUGCAGAAGUUCGAAGACUUAGAGAACUCCACUUCUCUCUACUCGACGUGUCAUCGUCUACUCACUACGAUGCAGCACACGAGGUAGACAAAGAGAAAGACCAGGAAUUAAAGAAGAAAAUACUGCAUUACUUCACCGAAUCAGAAGAAGCAGUAGACGGAGACUGGGAGUUUACCCCUCCUGACCUACCUCCCGCUCAUAUCCUAUCUGUCGUUCAGCGAGACAUCAGAACUUUCAUCCACAAAUACCACGAGUUACCCCUGACUGGCCGAGUAAUUGCUCGAAUAUUCCAGGGAAUUACCAGUCCCAAUUAUCCGGCUACAACGUGGGGCCGGAUAAAGCAGUUUUGGAGGAGACACAUUGAUGUUGAUUUCGAUUGGAUGGUCCGUUGUGCGACUGAGGAUAUUGCGAAAAACCGAUUUUAACUUGAACGUCUUAUCUCUGGAUCAUUAUAUGAUUAUCACUAACCUUGUCUCACAGCAGGAUAUUUUGUAAAUUUAAAAAAAUUUCUUAAUUUAUUUUAUGAAAGUUGCUUUAACAGAUAUUAUCAGCAACUUUUAUGAAUUUUUAUCAAUUCUAUGACAUUUGACAUUAAGUUUUUAACAAUAAAUUAUAUUUAACGUUUGAAUACAUCCUAAUUCAACUAUUUAUUUCACUCAAACUGAUUAUUUUUUAGAUUAGUCUGGAUUCAUCCAAUACUUCAACUUUUGCUGCCGAUACUCUGCAUUUCUGAUCAUAACUGUAUUGAUUGUUUGACUAACCCCAGAACUAUUUUAGCUAAAUAACAUCAUGGGUCACGACAACGUAUGGUUCUCCCACCCCAGGAAGUACGGGCCCGGCUCAAGAAAGUGCAGAGUAUGUGCUAACCAUCAUGGUCUGAUCAGAAAGUACUCCCUGGACAUGUGCAGACAGUGUUUCCAACAAUACUCAAAGGCUAUUGGUUUCCAGAAACUGAGAUAGAAAAGAAGGAAGAUGUUUCAAAUCAGGAUAAUUUAUUGAACUUAUUUUAA